AUGGCGUCCACCUUUCACUUCAGCAAGGAAACACCCCCAGAUACAGUUUUCAGUGAUAUACAGAUGGUUAACAAAUUUCAGGAUGAGCAAUUCUGUCAACUUGUGGAAUACUCUCUAGAGUUUCUUGCUGAUCCAGGAAAGUCACAAAAAUUGAUGGAACAGUUGGGUGAAUUUGCUGAGAGCAAUGGAGUUGGGGCCUCCGCACUGAAGAAUGUCUUUAAAAGUCUACUUCUGGUACCCAACAGUGCCCUGAAGAAGAGUCUAAGCCCUAGUCAGCUACAGGAAGAUCUUGUCAAUCUAGGAUUGUCUACAGAAAAAGCUAAUUACUUCUCUGAUCAGUGGAAGGCUAACCUGGCUGCACUCUCUCGCAGUGCCCUUGGUCAGACCCUAAUGGUCAAUCAGUUACUGGACAUGGAGUGGAAGUUUGGAGGUGAGUAUGUAUGUGAUAACAUGAGUUACACAUUUGUUGUAUAUAUGGUGAUAAAUACAGGCAAUGGUUACAACAACACAUAUAUGUUACACAUGUAUAUAUCAGAGCUGACAUUACCUCAGUUUUACUCAUUCCUCCAUGAGAUGGAGAAGGCCAAGGCCAGCCUGGAGUAUCUUAGCUGAUUAAUGUGAGAGUUAAUUAACAACACAGUGUUCACAGGAACUGAUCGGGAGAAAGCCUGUCUGAUUGGGAGAAAGCCUGUCAGACAUUCAUUCAUUAUACUUAACUGAUGUAGUGCAAUCAGCAUUACAACUACAUCAUAUAACAUAUGUCCUAGAAAAUCUUUGAAAAGUGAAAAUACUUCUUAUUAGGUACAUAAAAUCCCAACAGAAUUACAAUAAAAUCAUUUCCCGUCUUGUCUUAAAAUAUAAAGUUUCAGAUAUACAUGCAUGUCAAUGUGUAGCCAUAUUGAGGCUUUAAUGUCAGUUUAUGGAAGGAGAGUGUUGUUUGUGUUUCCUGUUGAAAUAAUUGAAAGCAAAAAGGUAGUAUGUAUACAUUGUGUAAAAUUGUUGAUAUAUUUAUAUAUUGUGUCCAGAAUUGGUUGAUAAAUUGAAGAUUAACUUGUAAAAUUA